CGCCGACGGUUCAUCGUUUCACUUCGUUCACAGAUUUCGUCCGGUGCAAAACCGGUGUGCACCUCAAUUCCGGUGGUUUCGUUUCAUCAUUUGCUGCGCUCAGUAGCCCAACCGUAACACCUCUUCCGAUUUAACCCGUGGCCAGUUCCGUAGCUCGGAAAGAUCACCGUGAACACGCGUUCUCCAAUCGAAGAUUGUUGCCCCGUAGUGGUGAGCAAGGCAAAGGAACAACGUCUGCCAACGUCGGACACGCAAGAUGAGUGCUGCUGCUCCAGCACCCGCCGCGGGAGCCGCCGCCGCUGCCGCAACUGCCCCCGUCGCCGCUGCCCCGCCAGUGCUGAAGAAAGGCAUCGUGAAGCAGAUCCUUUCCGGUGAUUCGGUAAUCCUGCGUGAUAAACCGGUGAAUGGACCGCCGCGCGAGAAGCAGCUAAAUUUCGCCGGCAUCGUCGCCCCGAAACUUGCCCGCCGACCAACGAACGGUUCGAAUAGCGACGGGACGAAGGAUCAACCGUACGCAUGGGAAGCGCGUGAGUACCUGCGCCAGCGGCUGAUCGGCCAGGAAGUGUGGUUCUACUCGGAGAAACCGCCGAAUGCGAAUCGCUUCUAUGGCUACAUCAAGCUGGGCAAGGAACCGCACGCGGAGAACAUUGUGGAAUCGAUCGUCUCGGAGGGUCUGGUGACGGUGCGUCGCGAUAUGGUGCGCCAGACACCCGAGCACCUGCGGCUGGUGGAGCUGGAGGAUGCGGCCAGGAAAGCUCGCCUGGGCCUAUGGAGCGAUGCGCCAGAGGGAGACCACGUGCGCAACAUUACGUGGAACGUGGACAACCCGAAGCAGUUCGUCGACCAGCAUGCCGGCCAGCUGAUCAAGGCGAUCAUCGAGCACGUGCGCGAUGGGUCCACGGUACGCGCCUUCCUCAUGCCGAACCCGCGAACUUACCUGCACGUGACGCUGAUGAUGUCCGGCAUUCGGUGCCCGGGCUUCAAGCUCGAUGCCGAUGGUCGGCCGGACAACACGACCGAGGUGCCGUACGCGGACGAGGCUCGUUUCCACGUCGAAAGCCGACUGCUGCAGCGCGACGUCAAGAUCCGGCUCGAGUCGAACAGCAACACGAACUUCCUCGGUACGAUCCUGCACACCGAAGGCAACAUUGCCGAGUCGCUGCUCCGCAAUGGCUUUGCGAAGUGCGUCGAGUGGAGCAUACCGUACGUGAAGGAGGGCAUCGAGCGGCUCCGGGCAUCCGAGAAGGAGGCCAAGAUGAACCGGUUGCGACUGUGGAAGGACUACAAGCCACCGGCGGCGAUGGCCAACACGAAGGACAAGGAGCUGGUUGGCACCGUGAUGGAAGUGUUCAAUGGCGACGCCAUCUCGGUGAGGGUGGCCAACAAUGCCACGAAGAAGGUGUUCUUCUCGUCGAUUCGACCACCGCGCCCGAAGGAAGAGGACGGUGUGCGCACGAAAAACUCCCGCCCGCUCUACGACAUUCCGUGGAUGUUUGAGGCACGCGAAUUCCUGCGCAAGAAGCUGAUUGGCAAGAAGGUGACGUGUACGCUCGACUAUGUGGCACCCGCUCGCGACAACUACCCGGAGAAGUACGCCUACACCGUCCGACUGGGAGACUUGAACGUUGCGGAAGCGAUGCUGGAGAAGGGUCUGGCGACGGUGAUCAACUACCGGCAGGACGAUGAGCAACGAUCGCCCGAGUACGACAAACUGCGGGCUGCCCAGGAGCAGGCGAUCAAGGGCCAGAAGGGACUGCAUGGCAAGAGGGAUACCCCGUCGCAUCGUAUCAACGAUCUGACGACGGAUCAUUCGCGCAUCAAGCACCACUACCUUCCCUCCUGGCAGCGUGCCCUGCGCACCGAAGCGAUCGUGGAGUUCGUUGCGAGCGGUUCGCGUCUUCGCAUCUACUGCCCGAAGGAAAGCUGCCUGGUAACAUUCCUGCUCGCCGGCAUCAGCUGCCGUCGUUCGUCCCGUCCUGCCAUCGCCGGAGCACCGGCCCAGGAAGCGGAACCGUUCGGCGACGAUGCUUUGCAGUUCACCCGCGAGAAGGUCCUCCAGCGGGACGUGAGCGUCAAGAUCGAAACCACCGACAAGCAGGCGACCAGCGUGAUCGGUUGGCUGUUCACCGACAACAACGUGAACCUCUCGGUGGCACUCGUCGAGGAGGGCCUUGCGGAGGUGCACUUCACCGCCGAAAAGUCCGAACACUUCCGGGCACUGAAGGAUGCGGAGAACCGAGCCAAGGCACGCAAGCGCAACAUCUGGAAGAACUUUGUCGAGAAGCAGACCGAAGACGACGAGACCCACAAGGACGAGAUCGAAGAUGCACCGGACGCGAAUGCACCGGCCGACCGGAAGGUGAAGUACGAAACGGUGGUCGUGACGGAGGUGACACCCGAAUUGCACUUCUACGCCCAGCACGCGGACCAGGGAUCGAAGCUUGAGGAUCUCAUGUCGAAGCUGCGCCAAGACUUUAAGGCGAUGCCACCGGUGACGGGGGCGUACGCACCCAAGCGGGGUGAUCUGUGUGCCGCCCGGUUCUCCGAGGACGACGAAUGGUACCGCGCGAAGGUAGAGAAGAUGGAGAAGGGUGGCAACGUUUCGAUCCUCUACGUCGACUACGGUAAUCGUGAGACUGUCCCCAGUACCCGCCUUGCAAUGCUGCCGACCGCAUUCAUCUCGGAGAAACCGUAUGCGCACGUCUACGUGCCAGCGCUUCUCGUGCUGCCGGUUGAUACCGAAGAUCGCCAGGAAGCCAUCAAGGCGUUCGCGCAGGACGUACUCAACCGCACCCUGCAGCUUAACGUGGAGUACCGCAUCCAGGGUGUUGAAUAUGUUACACUGGUCGAUCCCGCCACGAAGGCCGACAUCGGCGAGGAACUCAUCGCCGAUGGUUACUUGAUCGCGGACAAGAACAAAAAGGAUCGCCGACUCACCAAGCUGAUCGCGGAUUACAAGGAAGCGGAACAGAAGGCCCGUAAGCAUCACAAGGGCAUCUGGCAGUACGGUGACAGCACCGAGGAUCAAGCGGGCGAGUUUGGCAUCAGCCGUUAAGGCUGCGCCCCACAUAUCGUCCAACCAUGCGUCGUGUCCACACACUCCUCUUCGACGGGCCAACGAUCAGUUACGCUCGUUUCGCUAUCAUCUCUUUCUUGCGGCUUUCCAUCCACGGCCAGCCACCAGUGGAGACGAGGGGACGCGCAUCAGCAAGCAACCGGAGCGCGACACGUCGAGAGAAGGGAGAUUGCGCCGAGAGUGAAUUAAGCUGAAAGGCGGUUAUGCAUGCCGCAUGGUUCGUGUUCAUCAGCUUACGAAUGUUUCGGAUCGCAAAUCGAAGAAUCACGUGCACGACGCGCGCGUUGGGCGUAUGACAUUGAAAAAUAACACACCUGCCUAUCAAAUACAUAAAACAUCAAGAAAAGUAAUCUAUAUAAUGUGAGAUAAAAAAAUGAAAAGAAAAAAAUCUAAACAAAAACCAACACUAUUAAGAUGAAGCCAGCUGCUGCAGCAGGAGCGUUACGGAAGUGGUUCACUUUAUUGGCCUACUUUUCAAUAAUCUAUCGUAAACGGAAGGAAAUGCAUCGUGCAACCCAACCGGUAACAAUCGGGGAAGAGAAGCGAAAAGACAACGGUACCGUACCGUCCUUUCCCGCACUGCUGUUGAGGUGUCCCGGGCCACCCCCUACCGGAUCGGAGCGAGUUCUGGUCAGUGAAAGGGACGAAGAUUAGAUGGUUCAAUCAAUGCUUUCUUUUUGUUUCACUAGCCAUUAGUUAUUAUACAGAGUUGCGUUUAUUAUUUACGAUUUAAGCGCGGAACGUCGUAUCUUCCAUAAUAAUUUUCUUUUUUAAAGAUUUUUUGCUUUUCUGUUUCUAUCCUUCAGCUCAAUUCAUGGUGGAAAUAAAAUUUAUUCUGACAUUAUUGCA